UCAAUACGAGGAAAGCACUCCAACACGUUACAUUUCGCUCGGGCUCUGCCUCCUUGCCUUGCCUUGCCACACAGAAAAUCCAACCAAGUCCCGCGAUCAAUCGCCCAGCUUCAGUCACGCAGGUGGGAAGAGCGCGACAGAUCAAAGCAGGAUUUCUCUUUAGAUGUUUUCAUAAGCACGCCUGCGCCUCCAUCAUGAUGCCACGGCAUCACUCCAGCGGCUUUUCGAAUGGAUAUCCGCGCGCCGACACCUUCGAGAUUUCUCCCCACAGGUUCCAGCCAAGAGCCACGCUCCCUCCCCACAGGAAACGCAAGAGGACAGCGAUUCGCGUCGGCAUAGCAGUUGUUGUCAUCCUCGUCCUCGUCCUCUGGUUCGGCCAGCCCCGAUCUGUCGCCUCCCUCAUCUCGCUCGGCAUCUUGUCUGGAUACGAUGACCUGAAGCUCGAAACGGUCCGAUACUACGACCUCUCCAACGUCCAGGGCACCGCGCGCGGCUGGGAGCGCGAGGAGCGAAUCCUCCUCUGCGUCCCUCUUCGAGAUGCCGAGCAGCACCUGCCCAUGUUCUUCUCCCAUCUGAAGAACUUUACGUAUCCUCACAACCUGAUCGAUCUCGCGUUCCUCGUCUCCGACUCCAAGGACCACACGCUGGAAUCCCUGACGGAGCAUUUGGAGGCCAUCCAGGCCGAUCCGGACCCCAAGCAGCCAUACGGAGAAAUCUCCAUUAUCGAAAAGGACUUUGGCCAAAAGGUGAACCAGGACGUGGAAAGCCGUCACGGAUUCGCUGCUCAGGCAAGCCGCAGAAAGCUCAUGGCUCAGGCGCGCAAUUGGCUUCUCAGCGCUGCUCUGCGGCCAUACCAUUCUUGGGUAUACUGGCGUGAUGUGGAUGUUGAGACCGCACCCUUUACCAUUUUGGAGGAUCUGAUGAGGCAUAACAAAGACGUCAUUGUUCCCAAUGUCUGGCGUCCCCUUCCGGACUGGCUCGGCGGCGAGCAGCCCUACGAUCUGAACUCGUGGCAGGAAUCCGAGACCGCGCUCGCGCUGGCCGAUACUCUGGACGAAGACGCCGUUAUUGUCGAAGGCUACGCCGAGUAUGCCACCUGGAGGCCGCAUCUUGCCUACCUGCGCGACCCCUACGGCGACCCUGAUAUGGAAAUGGAAAUCGACGGAGUCGGCGGUGUCAGCAUCCUGGCCAAAGCAAAGGUCUUCCGCGCGGGCGUUCAUUUCCCGGCGUUUAGCUUUGAGAAGCACGCUGAGACGGAGGGUUUCGGCAAGAUGGCGAAGCGUAUGCACUUUUCCGUUGUUGGCCUGCCGCAUUAUACUAUCUGGCAUUUGUAUGAACCUAGUGUUGACGAUAUCAAGCAUAUGGAGGAAAUGGAAAGAGAACGGAUUGCUCGCGAAAAGGAAGAGGAAGAGAGGAAGAAGAAGGAAGCGCAGAUCAAAGAAGAGUUUGGCGAUGCCAACAGCCAGUGGGAGCAGGACAAGCAGCAGAUGCAGGAUCUCAAGUUGCAGGAUCGCGGAGGCGAUAAAGAGGCUGCUGCUGCUGGGGUGAACCAGGGCGCAGCCGCAAAGGCCGCGGGGGCCAUGGAAGGGCAAAAGAACUAA